AUGGUUGGCUUCAGUGCCGACCGGUUUGUGGACCUCUCGGGUGAUCACCCGUUAGUAUUGUCGGCCGAAGACUUUACGUGUGGUAUUUGUUUGCAUGUCUUCAACAACGCUGUGGACACACAAUGCGGACACACCUUCUGCUACCACUGUCUCCAUCGAUGGCUCUCAAGAGCCGAUCAUAAGACACACGCUCUCAAAGAUUGUCCCGAAUGUCGACAAAUAUUGGCCACAAGAAAGCGGCCGCUAAGAGAGUCGGUGACCGACGCGACAGUUAUGCUCAUCAGUGGUCUGGAGAUACCGUACACUCCGUGUCGACGACUCAACUCUGUUAUCGAUAAGUUGCGGAUCAAAUGCCAGUACGAGUGGAACGGAUGUCCCGAAGUGUGUCCACUCGAGUCACUUCUGGCGCAUCAGAUGUCGUGCGAACACCGGAAGUGUCGCGAGUGUUGUCUACCGGCGGGUCUGAGCGCUGAAGACCACAAUUGCGUUCAGUUGUUGGCCAGAGAUCGCAACGAAUGGAUCCGCAAAUAUAAAGCUGUCUUAAGAGAGAAACAAGAGAUGAGCGAAGAGUUGACGCAAUUGUCGGCCCAAAUGGACUCUUUGGCCGAAACACACGCUCUGCCAAAUAGAUCGGCGAUCCAUAGCGUUCUGUUCGGCAAAUUCAUGACAACCGGUCAGUCCAUUGAGUUCACCGAAGAGGCCAUAAGAUUGACGAAUAUAAUAACAGAGAACAGCUCAACAACUUUUAAACACAAUGUUGUCAUUCAAUACGUAGAUCUCCAGAGUAUGUCCAUCUGUGCCGACCCAUCGUUGCCGCUGAUGGCCAUUAAGCCCAACAGCGAGUGCGCCCUUAAGAUUGUCAACUGGCUAUCAAUCGCACCCUUUUUAUUGGACGUCGAGUCUAAAGAUAAGAGUCGUAUUGUAAUUGUAUUUAAAUACAUAUUCACUGAUUUGUUUGCCAUUCAAGUGAUCAAUAGAUGUAAACUUUUGAACAGCGAGUGUAAGUGUAAGACAAUCGGUGCCACAGAAGCGCAGUCUCUAUUGGACGGCAGGACGUAA